GAGUGCUCAAAUGUACAACUCUUUUACACAUUCCAUUCCCUUACUAACAAAAAACUAGUACCUUUACCCGGACAAUACUAGAGGAAGAGAUUAUGAGCAAAAGGCUGCUAGGCUUUUUUUUUUUUUCAUUGUCAGCAUGGUUCAAUGCCUCUUUAACAUUGAGGCCUUUUCUGCGUGCUAACUGAUUACAUUAUCAUAUUCGAGAUUGGUUAUCUCAAACUCUUCCUUGCCUCGUUCAACAUCUGGGUCAAUCAAAAUUUUACAGUCCAAAUAAGGCAUGACAGACAAUUUUACAUCAUGACCGAUUGGUUUCCUAAAGUACGUAUAUAUGCGGUUAAAUUAUUAAUGCAUAAAGCCUUAUCAUAUAGGAACUUACACAGAAUAUUCAUGAUUCCUGAGCAUGAAAGAUCAGUCUAAUUAAGAAGGACGUCGAUAUCACCUUCAAUUAUAUAUGAAAUUUUUUUGCAUUGUUGCACUUCUCUAAUGGUUGCCUUUCCUUUCCUGCACAAGCGCAUGCAGGACAAAAUUUGUACAAUUGCUAACAGCUUCUUCUGCCAACCAGACAAAUAAUAAAAUAUCUUGUUUCCUUGUUUCCUUGUAUUAGAUAAUAUAAACAACAAGGAAAAAUAGAAGUGUGAACGCCUAUGCUAGAAGUUGUUUUCACCACCUUUUUUAAAACAACCUAUUAGACCAUAAUGAAACUGACAAAAACAUAAAAACCUCGUCAUUUUCUUGUGGUCAUCAAAACGUGUGAGGUCCACUACCCUAUUGCUUUCCUAGCUAUUAAUUUCCUAUUUAAGUCAAUUCAUAUAUUCCCCCAAGAAGACACUUUGUUAGUUACUGUUAGCUUCUAAUGACGGAUCCUGAGAAAGAGCUUCAAUGAGAAAUUCCUUCUUGUUUGUGAUUUUCUUUGUGCUAAAAGCCCUAUCUCAAGAUACAUCAGAAUGGGUGAGAAUAGACUGUGGAUCACAAGUUAGCUAUCCCGAUGAAAGUGGAGUUCUUUGGCAGACAGAUGAGGAUUUUAUUAAAACGGGUAAAAACCAAAUGGUGUCACUAAGCAGCCGUACCUUCGUAGACCAAUAUGACACCCUACGUGUCUUCACCGAACAAAACAAGAAUUGCUACUCUUUGCCUGCCACAGCAUUCACCAGAUAUUUCAUAAGAGCUGUUUUCUUGUAUGGUAAUUAUGAUGGCCUCUCCAAUGCACCUACGUUUGACCUUGAGUUUGAUGGGAACAAGUGGGUCACUGUUGUAACUGACAUAUCUAAAUUUUCCUACUAUGAAAUGAUUUAUGUAGCCAAAGGGGAUAUCACUAGUAUUUGUUUGGCUCGAACUAAUGAUAAACAGUUUCCCUUUAUUUCCUUCCUGGAAUUCUGGCCAGUUCCUGAUAAAAUGUAUGCCAAUAUGACAAAUGAUAGGGCCUGGUUCAAUGGCUACCGAUACAACUAUGGGGCAGAUUCGAAAGACUGGAUUCUGGGGUAUCCUUAUGAUACUCACAACCGCUUUUGGGAACCUAUGACUCCACCAGGCUCGGAGGCAAUAAUUGCAACAUUUGCCUCUCUUGAUGUUACAACAGUUAAUGACCCCCCAGUUUUGGCUAUAAUCAAGGCAGUUCAAGCUCCAAGUCCAACAGACAAACUUGAAUUGUCUUUCAGAUUUAGCAAAAUGAAUCGCCUUGACCAUGUUGAACUAUACUUCACUGAACCCCUGUACACGACUGCAACUAGAUCAUUCAAUAUAGACGUGAACAAUGAGUUUGCAUAUGCAAUCAGCCCAGUAUAUCAGGAGUGUAAUGGUGUAUGGAUAAAUGUCAUGUCUGUUGGUACUUUGAAUAUUGAGCUAGUUGCAACCAACAAUUCCACACAGCCUCCGGUAAUAAGCGCAAUAGAAGUAUACACAGCUAGUGAUCCUCUUGUCAGCGUAUAUACAUCAACAGAUGACUGUAAGUGGCAUUUCCCCUCUUAUUUUCCUCUCUCAUAUAACUUCAUCACUUUUUACUACAAGGAUGGAGCGGGGAACCAUGUCUUCCUAAUGACACCGUCUGGCAAUGCUAUUUCGAUCGUUCAACCUGCUAGCAACAUUAAGAAUUUUGAGGCUUAUUCCCUUUUUGGCCACAUAACUGGACGAUAUCUUUCAGGAUACGAUCUUGAUGGUCCACUUCCAGAUUUUAGCCAAAUGAAUGCCCUGGAAACAAUAGAUCUGCGGAACAAUAAGCUUGAUGCAAAUAAAAUACAUGUAAGCAGGCAGGCUCAUAAUUUGACACUAAUUCAAUUUCAGCCAUGGAAAAUCCAUGUAAUCGUACCUUUUCUUCACAUUUUUUUUCUUUACAGGGUAGGUGACAGCAAGGAUAAUCAGUCCAAGGGAAAAAGAUUGGCUUUAAUAAUCGGGUUGGCUGUGGGAUUACCUAUAUUCCUAGCAUUUAUAAUUACCGUCGUUUACCUCUUAGUUCGAAAACAGAAAACAUCCACCCAAGGACAAGUGACAGCAGUGGAGCUAGGCGUCAACCAAGGAGGAAUGGCCACCGGACAGCCUCAGGAUGGGAUUGUUUCCAACACGAUGAGCCCAGAAGCAUUGACGCUAUCAGCUGCCAUUGAACAUACCUCAUGGAUGUCAAAUGGGGACAGUUUUGCAAGCUAUGCUGGUAUUUCACACAUACAUCAACUACCCCUGGCAAAUGGGGACUCUGGAACAAUGCCAACGGCGGAAGAAACAUCAACGGGUGCUAAUGCGGAAAGCAUUUCUCAUCAUCCGCCUAUCUUGCAUAUGAUUGACGAGGAAGAGCUUAAUGACCUGCUUAGACGACAUGGUCAGAACUAA